AUGCCAGCUCCGCUCAUCAAAAACUUCCACGAUGCAACGCAAGAUGCGGUCGGCAUGACGAGGAAUUUGGCUACCGACGGCUACUCGUGUUCAGCCGUCGACAGCACCGUGACGAUUAUCUGGGCGGAACGCGAAGGACUGGAUGAGGCUGGAAAGCUGGUCCGAGAGGCGGCCGAGGUGGAUGAUACGCAGGAAAAGGCGCAGUUGACGAUGAAGACGUCUGGUAGCGCAACAGCCCCUACCGCGAUACGCAAGGACGUUCAUGCUCGUCUCAUUCUACGCAUGCGGGUGACAGACAAGAUGGACAAUACGCUCGGCAACAUGCACGGAGGCUGCGCCGCGACGCUUGUUGAUAACAUCACCAGUAUGACGGUUUUCUACCAUACCUCAGGAAUAUACGGUGAACCGUGGUCGUUCCUCGGCGUAUCGCAAAACAUUGGCGUUCUCUAUCUGAAUGCUUGUCCGCUCGGAUCUGUACUCGAGAUGGAGGUCUACUCGGCGCAGGUGGGCAAGAACAUCGCAUUGCUCACAGCCGACUUCUGGAUCGUCGAGCGAGAAGAUCAGACCGACGAUGGCGAAGGACCAGUCCAUGCUGGCAAGUGGAAACGCACCAAGAGGACCAUCACCGGCACACACACAAAGGUCGACAACUCUGCCAAGGUCAAACUCUAG